UUUUUGUUUUUAGAGCUUCAAGCUUCCUGCCCCCCCUUGCUGUGCUUUCUGUCAGUGGAUCGGCCCGAGGUGGAGGGGAACAGUUGGAGGGGGGUUUCAGAGGAGGAGAGAGUGAGAGCAGCAUUUGGGAAGCCAGCUGAUCAGAGCUGAGGUAUUCUACGACUGAGGCAGAGGAAGAGGGGUGCGUGACUGGAAAAACAAGAGAAGAUAGAGAAAGCAGCUGCAAUUUCUUUUGAAUUUAUGAGCAAGCACAUGAAAAUAUAGGCGCGGAAGAGACAUGUUUUCUCCUUUUCAUGAGAAAAAUAGAACUCACACGAAGAGAAAUGCUCUUGGGAAAGAUGUGAAAGCUGUUGGCAGUGUGGGAAUCUGAGGAAGAAACACACAGAAAAAAGGAUCUGUCAGACUCACUCUGGAAACCCCAUCUACUGAAAACUUGAAUCAGCAGAGGGUUGAAGAACCUUCUUGGUAAAGAAACGGAGGGAUGUCUUGGCUGUCACCAGUGUCAUGGGCCAAAUGGACAUGGACAGCAGUACGAGGUGGAGAGGAAGAGGAGGAGGCCAGCGGAGAGAGGGAGCAAUUUGGAGAGAGAGGAGAGGAAGAAGAAGAGGAGGAGGAGGAGGAGAGAUCUCUAAGCUGCAGCUCUGACUCAGAGGGUCAUUUUGACACUCCUGAAGCAGCAACUCCUGUCCGCGCCCCUCCCACCAUCCCAGGAGAGCUGGAGAACAACAACACUGAUGCAGGCAAAACUGAUGUGGAUCAGGAGGAGCACCUGAUAGUGACUGCUCCUUUCGAGGAUCAGGAUAUUUUUCUCAGACACAACAUGGGUCAGGAUGAGCCGACGGUCCCCAUGGGUGGCCCGCUAGAAGUAAACAUCCAGACACUGGAAGCGCAGCAAACAGAGAAUCUCCCAGAAGCCUCGAGCUCUGUGCCAGACCCUGCUGCUGCAUUCUCAGUGAAGGAAAUGCCCGAAGCGGCUAACAAAUGCAGAGUGCCAAAGUCUGAGCCACACCAAGCACCAGUCCCUGUCCUAGUUGCAGAUCCUGUCACAGAUGUGACUCCAGUUCUUGCUUCUGCUCCUGCUCCUGCUCCUGCUCCUGCUCCUGCUCCUGCACCUCCUCCUGGUCCUGCUCCUCCUUCUGCUUCUGCUCCUGCUCCUGCUGCUGCUCCUGCUCAUGCUCCUGCACCUCCUCCUGACCUAAUCCAAAGCAGUGAGCCUGAGUCCAAACCAGCUUCAGAGCCCACUGUUCAGAAAACAGAACCAGUUUGCAUUGACCUGGAAAAAUCAGAACCUGUUCAAAAGACUAAAUCCAGUAAGUCCAAGCCCCCAUCGCUGAAGCUGAAGACCUCUAUGAAUGAGCUCGCCCAAACCAAUGAGGAAGAAGAACUUCCUGUUCCCCAGGCCUCGUACAAAUUUAACCCUGACCAGCUGGAUGACAGCUUUAACCCCUUCACAAGCGGUGGAUCUAAAAUACAGAACUCUCCCCCGCCUUGCGGUCCGAGCUCUCUCCCCAGACUAGAGCCUCUCGGUAGCUCAUUGUCUGACUGCGAGGCCAAUUCAGCAGCUUCAGCAGAAGCAGAGACGAUGGAGUCAUUAUCGGAGCCAAAACCUGUGAUGCUGGAGUUUGGUCUGGACAAGGAGACGGUCAGCAAGCCGCCUCCGAGGAACUUAGGUGGCAAAAAGAAAAUCAGCAAACUUGCAGUUAAGAAGCAGAAGCCCAAAGGAUCAGAGGCUUCCUCUAAACCUGCACCAGAACCCACAAUUUCAGAAACAGAUUCUCAACCAGCACCAGAACCGGUAUCAGAACUUCCCCCAGAGCCUUCUUUGCCAGUUUCAGACUCUGCCGCACCUUUGAACCUUGACGACGUUCCAAUUCCUAAAAAAGGAACAUAUAACUUUGAUCCCAGUCAGUGGGACGAUCCUAACUUCAAUCCAUUCGGUAGCAGUGGCAGCUCUCCUGGGCUACCUAAGGGCUCCUACAGUUUUGAUCCUGAUCACUUGGACGACUCUGUGGACCCUUUUAAAUCUCAAACUCUUAGCGCAGAGGACUCGUCCAGUAGUGUCCCACAGCCGGAGGUAAAAGUGAAAGAUGGAGGCAAACCGACAGCAGGGGAGAAGAAAGUGAGGCAAAUUCCCAAGAAAAGCAAAGAGAGGACAAUCAAGACAUCUGAACAAGUCAAGUUUCUCUGUUUUCUGUUGAAUUCCUGUAAAGUUCAGAAGUAUGACGAGAGCCAGUCCUUGGUUCUCGAUGUGUGCAAUAAGGAGGAGGACGAGGUGGUGGUUCAGACGCCAGAGAUCACUCAGCGGGUUCAUCACGCCACAGAUGAGGAGAAGCUUGCUUCCACAGGCAUCAUGGGUCCAGCAAUAGACAGCGAGGAGGAGAGAGAGGAACCUGAAUGCUUCAAAGCAUCUGCCACGAUACAGCCGAUCAUUGAGAAGUCUGUUUUGGAUGGUGCUGAGUUUAAGACGUCAGAUCACUUUGAAGAGAAGGAUCCCUGCAGUCUGAAGGAUGAGACGCAUGAUCUGCAGAGUGAGGUGUCCAUGAGCCAAAAAGAAAAGGUGGCGCUCAGCGACACCACAGGCGUAGCAGCUCUGUCUCAGGACAACAUGCCGCUGAGUGAGAUGGACAAGGCCGCAGUGCUCACCCUGAUCAGAGAAGAGAUCAUCACUAAAGAGAUAGAGGUCAAUGAGUGGAAGAGGAAAUACGAAGAGAGCAGAGCCGAGGUUUUGGAGAUGAGGACAAUAGUUGCAGAAUAUGAGAAAACAGUUGCACAGAUGAUUGAGGAUGAGCAGCAGCAGAAGACUGUGUCCAGCAGUAAGUCUGUCAGGCAGUUGACUUUAGAGAGAGAUCAGGCAAUAGCUGACCUCAACUCUGUGGAGCGCUCCUUUGCUGACCUCUUCAGGAGGUACGAGAAUAUGAAGGGAGUCCUGGAGGGCUUUAAAAAGAAUGAGGAGGUGCUGAAGAAGUGUGCGCAGGACUACCUGAUGCGGAUCAAGCAGGAAGAGCAGAGAUAUCAAACCCUCAAGGUGCACGCUGAGGAGAAACUGGAUAAGGCUAAUGAGGAUAUAGCACAGGUACGCGCCAAAGCCAACUCUGAGGGUGUCGCACUCAACGCAAGCUUGAGGAAGGAGCAGAUGAAAGUGGAGUCACUUGAGAGAGCUGUCCUUCAAAAGAAUCAAGAAAUCGAGGAGCUCACUAAGAUCUGCGACGAACUGAUCACCAAACUGGGAACAGGAUAAGAGGCCUUUCAUCAACUUUAAAGAUGUAAAAUUCUGUACAGUAUCACGGUCAAACACAUGACAACUUUUCUUUCUUUCUGAUUUUAUUUUUCAUACAUUUAAACAGAGAAUGGCUGCAAUCGCUCUUUUUUAUAAAACAUAAAAGUGAAACCAGAACAAUAUGUGAUCAAUGUGUUGAUCGUGUAGUGGCAGUUUGAAGAAGCACAAAAUGAUCAUGACAAAGUAUUUUGAUUCAUUUAAAGGAGAAGUGCCAUGACAUGUGGAGCUUUGGUUCUGGGUGCACAGUAAAGGUAAUGUUAUAGAUGAUCCGUUUUUAGAAGUUGACCCUCUUCUUUGAAAGGUGUAUACAUCAAAAAAUAAAAUUAAGUAUGUUUCUUUAAAAAUUCACAUUGCCACUUUUUGGGACAGAGCACGGACAUCUUUAGCAGUGUGUUUUCUCUGUGUGUAACUGCUGAUGAUACAGUUUAAAGGCUUUAUAUGUGAUUUUUUUGAUCCAGCAGAUGUCGCCCUUGAGCACCAGCAUGAAACC